CCUUCGAGUCGACCUCACUGCCCAAAGUUCUCAGUUGCAGAGCCAGAAACUCCAUACGUGAUUGGUCUGAACAUCAACCGUCGUUGACCCCGCUUUCCGACGAAGCGACCAUGGAAGAUGUCUCGACGUCUACUGGAGACGCCUUCGAUCGCAAUCCCAUGGCGUCAGUUCAACUACCCCCUUCUUCAAUAGACGGCCGUCCUCUAGUUUCCGGGGUAGGUAGUCCAAAAGGAGGAGACAAACUGGUCUUAAGGGGUUUAAAAUUCCAUGGGUUCCAUGGAGUGAAAGCUGAAGAAAGGACUUUGGGCCAGAAGUUUGUAGUGGAUAUGGAUGUCUGGAUGGACCUUAGAGCAGCCGGUACAGUUGUUUGGUGUAUACAUACAAUUGUAUUUGCGUAGAGAGACAAAUGCGUACACAAAAACAGCCACACUAAACAUGUUGAGAAAUUGGACGUGGACUUUGAGAUUGGAUGAGAUUAUUUCAUCCAUGCGCAAAAAUAUAUGUUUCCU